CGUCGCUCUAACGUCAAAAUCAAAAGCACAAAAUCGAAAGGCAGAACGUCAAAUUUACUUGAUUAUUACUAAAAAUUAGUAACGUUAAGUGUUCUAGGAAUAAGAACCACUUCAAAUCAAGUGUUCUAGAAUAAUUCCUUCAUCUUGAACUUAAAGUAACGUAACGCAAGCUUAGUGAUUAUCAGUAAACGUGUAAUGGAGUAGAGUGAAGUCCGUGUGAUCACCUCGUACGUGUAAUAUGGCUCAAAGGUUCCCUCCAGGUGGCCCUCCUGUAGGUCCGAGCGGGCCCGGCGGGCCGGGUGGGCCAGGGCCAGGUCCGGGGCCGGGCCCGGGCGGGCCGGCCGGCGCGGCGCUGCCGCCGCAGCCGCGAUACGCGGGGGCUGCGCCGCCGCCUAACGCCAUGCCGCCGCGGCCCUAUCCUGGACCUAAUUUUCCGCAACGCAGCGGCUUCACCCCGCCACCUGUGUCAGCCGGCGGCACGCCGCGCCCCGCACCAUACGGCUCCGCCCCGCACGCCGCGCCCCACGCGCCGCCGCACGCCCCGCCCCACGCCCCGCCGGCCGGCGGGCAGCUGCGCCCCGCGCCCGGCCCCGCGCCGCCCGGCGGCAAGCGCCCGCCGGACAACAGGAGCCCGCUGCCGCCCCAACAUAAACCGCCCAAUAUGUACAAUAACGAGUACGCAGCCGGCGGUGGCAAACGCAAGAAGCGUCUAGCGGACAAGAUUCUCCCUCAAAAGGUCCGAGACCUGGUCCCCGAGUCCCAAGCCUACAUGGACCUGUUGGCGUUCGAGAGGAAACUGGAUGCCACCAUAUUGAGGAAGAGGCUGGAUAUUCAGGAGGCGCUGAAGCGGCCCAUGAAGCAGAAACGAAAGCUGAGAAUCUUUAUAUCUAACACCUUUUACCCAGGUCAGGGCGACAAUGCGGUGGCAUCAUGGGAGCUGCGUGUAGAGGGGCGCCUGCUCGACGAUGCUAAAGGAGACCCUGGCAAAGUGCCACAGGUGAAACGCAAAUUCUCAUCGUUCUUCAAGUCGCUGGUGAUCGAACUGGACAAGGAGUUGUACGGCCCCGACAACCACUUGGUGGAGUGGCACCGCACCCUCACCACGCAGGAAACUGACGGAUUCCAGGUGAAACGCCCCGGCUACAAGAACGUGCGUUGCACAAUCUUACUCCUAUUGGACUAUCAGCCAUUGCAAUUCAAGCUAGACGGACGUCUGGCACGUCUACUCGGCGUCCAUACUCAGACAAGACCUGUCAUCGUGAACGCACUGUGGCAGUAUGUCAAGACACAUCGUCUGCAGGAUCCUCACGAACGCGAAUGGGUCGUCUGUGACAAGUAUCUGGAGCAGAUCUUCGGCUGUGCACGUAUGAAGCUUGCCGAGGUCCCGGGCCGCCUGGCCGCCUUACUGCACGCUCCGGACCCUAUCGUCAUCAACCACGUGAUCGGCGUGGAAGCGCCGCACGACGCUAAACAAACCGCCUGCUACGAUAUUGACGUGGAAGUUGAUGAUACGCUAAAGUCCCAGAUGAACAGUUUCCUGCUGAGUACUGCCAACCAGCAGGAGAUCCAGGGCCUCGACUCCAAGAUACACGAGACGGUGGAUACGAUUAAUCAGUUGAAGACGCACCGCGAGUUUUUCCUCUCGUUCAGCAAGGACCCGCAACAGUUCGUGCACAAGUGGCUCGUCUCGCAGUCGCGGGACCUUAAGACGAUGAAUGGCGGCGGUGGCAACCCUGAGGAGGAGCGUCGUUCAGAAUUCUACGCGCAGCCCUGGGCCGGCGAGGCCAUUGCCCGCUACCUGUCCGGCAGACUUACGCAGCGCCGGCAGCAACUAGACGCGGCCCUUACCCCACAUCUCACUAGACUGUAGAAUCG